AUGCCAGCACCAUAUUCGGGAAAAUGCCUCUGUGGCAACGUCAAGUUUGCAACUUCAUCAGAACCAGUCACAGUACUCUCAUGCUUCUGUGAACAUUGCUGCAUAGGGGCUGGUGGCACACAUCAACUGAUUGGAAAAUUCAUUGCCCAAGAUGUCAAAGUCUCCACUACGGCAGACGAUGCUAUCACGAAGUACUCACUCUCCGACACAUCUAGCGGAAGUUCUAAAGAGAAAGCAUUUUGCCGUACAUGUGGAUGCACACUCUGGACUAUUCCGGCAGCAGCAAAGGGUAAAUUCUACAUGAUCCGACUCCCAUUGCUGGACCAAGGCCUCAACUUCCAACCAGCGAAUGAGAUUUUUGUUAGAAAUCGGCCAACUUGGGUGGAGCCAGUCAAAGACGCGGGUCAAUGGGAUGAGAUGCGAAAGUGA